CAUUACAAGGAUCUUUGGUUUUAUUAAUUUGAUGCAGAUUGGUUACCGCCACAUCGAUUGUGCUCACAUCUAUGAGAACGAGAAGGAGAUUGGCUCUAUGUUGAAGAAGCUGUUUGAGGAGGGUGUAGUGAAGCGCGAGGAUUUGUGGAUUACAUCUAAACUCUGGAAUACUGAUCAUGCUCCAGAAGAUGUACCGCUGGCAUUGGACAGGACUUUGAAAGAUUUGCAGCUUGAUUAUGUAGACUUGUAUCUUAUCCACUGGCCAACUCCAAUGAAAAAAGGAACACAAGGCUUUAAUCCUGAAAAUCUUGUGCAAGCAAACAUACCUAACACAUGGAAGGCAAUGGAAGCACUCUUUGACUCUGGCAAGGCUCGGGCUAUAGGCGUUAGCAAUUUUUCCACCAAAAAGCUGGCAGAUUUGCUUGAAGUUGCUCGUGUUCCUCCUGCUGUCAACCAGGUGGAGUGUCAUCCUUCAUGGCAGCAAGAGAAGCUGAGAGCUUUCUGCAAAUCCAAAGGUGUCCACCUCUCUGGAUAUUCACCUUUGGGUUCCCCUGGAACACCCUGGCUUAAAAGUGAUGUUCUUAAGCACCCAGUUUUAAAUACGACUGCGGAGAAGCUAGGCAAAACUCCUGCACAAUUAGCUCUUCGCUGGGGACUUCAAAUGGGUCAUAGUGUGCUUCCCAAGAGUACAAAUGAAGCAAGGAUAAAGGAGAAUUUUGAUAUUUUUGGCUGGUCUAUCCCUGCGGACUUACUCGCUAAAUUUUCUGAGAUUCAGCAGGCAAGGUUACUGAGGGGCACCACAUUCGUCCAUGAAACUUGUGGUGCCUACAAAACUGUCGAGGAAUUAUGGGAUGGUGAAAUCUGAGCAAUCUGCUAUAGUUCGAUAGAGUGAAUGGAACGUGGAGUAGGAGUUCGUCACUGGCUUUGGUGUACGGUUCUGAGAAUAGGUGCACUGUUCAAUUGUUGAUUUUAGCAAAUUGUAUUAAAUUACUGGUUGGAUCAAACUUAGCAUCUUGAUACUCAUUCAUAUUUCUCUUUGAUAUACAAUUGAG